AUGAAGAUUCAGUCGCGCUUUUUAGAUGGCAUUCCAACUUUUUUUAUUGUUGACCUCGAAGAUUUCGAGAGACAGUUCCAAAUCAAGCGAGACCAGACUACUGACAGUAUCUGGAAUGCCGAUCAUCUGGAAAAUCGACUUGAGGUCUUCGAAGAGAGCGAGGGGGGCAUCUCGUACCGACUAAAAUGCAUAUGUCAGGAGGACUCUGCGCACAAUCUUGACCCUUAUUGCCCUAGAAACAUUCCCUCAGAACCAAAAGAGGAGAGCAGUGGGAGUGAUUCGGAGUCGGAAACUGAAGAAGAUGGACGAGUGAGAAGAGAGAAGGAGAAGAAAAAGAAGAUGAGACAGAAUCGAGAAGAGGCGAUCAAAGCCAUCAUGGAGCUUGUGGGUCUUUCUAAUGUCAAAGAACAUGUUGAGAAGUUGUUGGUCAAGGCGAAGACAAUGGCACGUCAAGGGAUAGACAUCAAGGAUGAACGAUAUGGGACAGUACUGAUCGGCAACUCGGGAACAGGCAAAACAACAUUUGCAAAGCAGUAUGCAAAACUACUGCAUUCAAUGGGGGUCAUCGGCAGCGAACAAGUCAAGCAUACAACAGGAAUCUACCUAGCUGAUGGUGGGAUCUCAAGAAUCAAAGGCUACAUCGAGGAUCUCGUGGAAAGCAAUGGAGGUGUCCUAUUCAUUGACGAUGCACACUAUCUUCUCAACGAUGAACAUAACGGAAUCAGAGUGCUAGAUUAUCUGCUUGGAGAAGUGGAUUCCCGAAGAGGAAAAGCCGUCUUCAUUUUCGCCGGCAAGGAGAAAGAAAUGAUGGAUGUUCUCGGUCACGGGGACAAGAAUCUCAGUAGUCUUCUUCCUUACCAUAUACGUUUCAAGGAUUACACCGAUGAAGAACUUCGAGAGAUUCUCUGGUACUCCAUGAAGAAGAAGUUUGAUGGAAAAGCGGAGGUCGAAGGUGGGAAGGAGGGGCUAUAUAUGAGAAUAGCAACCAGGAGGCUUGGAAGAACCCGAGGAUCGACUUUAUUUGCAAACGCAAGAUCGGUCAAUAAUCUACUUUCGCAGAUCUUGGAUCGACAAGCGGCCCGGCUUUCGAAUACUCGAGCAGAAAGGAUUACAGCUGCGGCUCAGGAUGCGAAAUUGCCUGACAGUCCAUCAAACUCAGAGGGCAAAGAAUCUGUGAACGAGGUGCAAGAUGCGAAGUCUUCCGAAGACAAAGAUGUCGUCGCAGGCAAUAUACCAGCAGAAUCUCAUCGAGAGAACACAUGGGGAUUCGUUGGAACUCGCACAACCGAGGAAUUGACACCUACCAAGCUCGAGGAACAGAUCCCUGCCACGGAAGUAUCCAAUUCAUUGUCAGCGACAGCCGAAGAGGAAACUAAAUCCGACGAUAAUUUAGAUAGCAAGACCGAAGCGGAGAACAAAAACGACGACGACACGCUCAGCGAAGUUGACUCGGCUGAAGAAGAAGACUACAAAUUUACGAAAGAGGAUAUUAUAGGGCCAAACCCAUCGGCCGCUGUCCUAGAAAGUCCAGCAUGGCAGAAAAUGCAGAGAUUGACAGGAUUGGAAUCAGUCAAAGACUCGAUCCUCGGUCUGCUGGAGCUCGUAAAGACAAACUACGAUCGGGAAUUAGAGGAAAAGGUGCCUUUGAAAGUAUCCUUGAACCGACUAUUCCUCGGUCCUCCGGGUACCGGAAAGACGCUGGUUGCCAAACUAUAUGGUCAAUUACUGGCUGAAAUUGGCAUACUCAGCAAAGGAGAUGUGAUCAUGAAGAAUCCGAGCGACUUGAUUGGACGCUACAUCGGUGAUUCCGAGAACAACACCAGGGCAGCUCUGCGUUCUGCUAUGGGCAAUGUUCUUGUUAUUGAUGAAGCUUACAUGAUGUACUCUGGCGGUGACACAGGAAAUGAAAGUGACUCUUUCCGGCAAGGUAUCAUGGAUACUCUUGUAGGCGAGAUUCAAAGCGAGCCGGGAGAGGAUCGAUGUGUCUUACUACUGGGGUAUGACGACGCAAUGUCUGAGAUGUUGCAGAACUCCAAUCCUGGUCUAAACAGACGCUUUCCCAUGUCCGAUGCCUUCUGGUUUCAGAAUUUUACCCUUCCAGAGUUGGAGUGCAUCUUGAAGUCCAAGCUUGAAGAUCAUGUUCUAGAAGCUACAGAACCAGCAAUUAAAGUCGCCAUGGACGUGUUGGAGAAAGCAAGUAGUCGAGUGAAUUUCGGUAACGGUGGCGAGGUAGAGAACUUGAUCACAAAGGCCAAGAUCAACUACCAAAAGCGGGUAUCCUCCAUGCCUGUUCCUGAUCGACCCAAGACGUGGAUCUUCGCGCCUCAAGACUUUGAUCCCGAGUUUGAUCGUGGAAAAUCAGCUACGAACAACUUGAAAGAGCUUUUCAAAGACGUCAUCGGCUGUGAAGACAUCAUUUCGAAACUUGAACAAUAUCAACGUAUCUCCCAAGUCAUGAAACUCAAGGGACUAGAUCCGAAAGAUUUCAUUCCCACAAACUUCGUCUUCAAAGGACCACCAGGAACAGGGAAGACCACCACUGCCAGGAAGAUCGCGCAAGUUUAUUACGAUAUGGGACAUCUUGCCGACCCCUCUGUCAUCGAAUGCUCAGCCAGUGAUCUCGUCGGGAAGUAUGUCGGCCAAUCUGCUCCUAAAACCGCCAAAGUGUUCGAACGAGCUCUGGGCCGCGUUCUCUUCAUCGAUGAAGCAUAUCGUCUUAUCUCGUCCCCAGAUUCAUGUUCCUUCAACUCAGAAGUAGUCUCUGAGCUGGUCGAUCUCCUUACGAAGCCUAAGUACCACGGAAAGCUCAUCGUGAUCCUUGCUGGCUAUACCGCAGAAAUGAACACCCUGCUGUCCACAAACCCUGGUCUCGCAUCUCGCUUCCCCGAGGAGAUCCACUUCCCUUCUUUGGGUCCAGACCAUUGUCUCGAGAUCCUCAAAAGGAACUUGGGUAAGAACGGAGUCUCGUGUCCUGUACUGGGUCGGCCGAGCUUGAGUGUAUGCAAGAACUUGAUGAGGAAGAUGAGGUUUUUGGGUGAGACGAAAGGGUGGGGUAAUGCGAGGGAUGUGGAGACCUUGGGGAAGAAUCUGAUUAGAGAAGCGUUUGGGAAAGUUAAAGACGUUGAGGAUGAUUUGAUUUGUACAGCGGAGAUGGUGGGGAAUGCGAUGGACAAUAUGUUGAAGGAGAGGCGGGCCAGAGGGGUGGUUCUGCAAAGGGAGAGGGAAGAGCGAGUGGUGGAUGUCGGUUGUGAAGAUUAUUGA